CUGAUUGGUUGCUAGGGGCAACUGGUUGACUUUUCCUUUGCACAGGUUUUGAUAAAUCUCCCCCAUAGUGUUCAACUGAAGAUUCCAGGCAUAUUCUAGGCAUAAAUCUUGUAUAAUGCUCAGUACAGCAGUUCUGGCGGCAUCAGAAGAAGAUGUCACAGGAUCAGUGAAUGGUAUAUUACAUGUGCCCUGCACUUAUUCUGUUCAUGGCGGUCAAUACCACGUGUGCUGGGGGCGAGGCUGGUGCCCAUGGUAUGGCUGUAAUGAUGAGAUGAUCAAGACUGAUGGGCAGAACGUGACCUGGAGGAAAUCUGACAGAUACCAGUUACUGGGGGAUAUAAGUGAGGGGGACGUGUCCCUGACCAUCACCGGGGCCAAUAAAGAAGAUGAAGGAACCUACUGCUGCAAAGUAAAGGUCAAUGGGCCAUUCAAUGACCUGAGAACAGAGAUCAAUGUGAACAUGAACAAAGAAAACCCAGUAUCCAGCUCCAAAACCUCAAAUUCUCCUACAAAUAUCACACCUACCCGUCGGUCCAUGUAUGACACAUAUUAUGUUCCCCACAUCACAGCCUGGAGAACUUCACAGGAGACCAGACCCUCUGAACAGUCACAAUCCACAUCCACCACCAUUAAUGUGAUUCGUGGUGUUAUUGGGACACUUUUCCUGAUUACUUUAAUGGGAAUCAUCAUAUGCAUAUAUAAAUAUCAAAAUUGGAUGAAGAGAAAAACAGAGAUGUAAAUAACAUAUCAGGAUUAUAAUUUAUUGGCUUUCCGCCGCGGAAAUUCUGCUUUCCGCAUUUUGCAAACAUUUAAGACCAGUCGUGAAAUUCUGCAUCAAAGUCCCAUUGAAAUCAAUAGGUCUUGAAUUUUGGCUUAAUUCUGUGCUCUGCGAACACAGAAAUUCUGCCGCAAUUCUGCAAUAUCCUUCGGCAAGCUUUGCUGAAUGGAACUUGUAAAGUGGUUUUCAGAAUUUACGUUAAUGUCAAAGUUGCGGCAACGUUCGGUAACCCAUGGUAACAGCUUGUUUAAAAAUACACUGCGCUAAAGGAUUUUGUAUGCUUUUAAGACACUAUAAUAAAGGUGCUCAAAGUAUCCCUGGUUGUUGGCAGAUGCCUGGCAGUGUUGGAAUGAACACAGAGGUAUCGGAAGACGUAGUGACUUUUUGGGAGUUGCAACAGGUUUAAUGACUGGCAAGUUUUGCGGUUGCAUCAGAACUGGUGUCCCAAAAUUAAGAAGUUUUGUUUGAAAAGGCCAAAAAAAAAAAAUCCCUCUUUUAUGGGAGUUGCAACAAGUUGUGUUGUGCCAGAGCGGGGUCACCUUUUACUACCAUGAACACUGUUCGGGUGGCUGUUGCCUCAACAGUCCCCAGCUCAGUCUCAGGUCUAUUUCUGUGAAUGUAUUGCAAUGCAUGUGUAUUUUUCUAUAUAAGUCUUCUGCAUGCACUGAGCCAAUACAAGUGCAAGGGGUUAACUGUCUGUACUCAAAAUUCUUAUCUUUACUGUGUAAAUCUGGUAAAAUGUCACAUGUCCAUCCUUCAGCAAAUAAAAAUCUAAGAGCUGUCCUGUCUCCACCCGAGUCCCCAGGGACAAGGGAGGGACCUUAAAGGGGUACUCCGCUGCUCAGCGUUUGGAACAAACUGUUCCGGACACUGGAGCCGACAGCUCGUUACAUCAUAGCCCUGCCCCCUCAAUGCAAAUAUAUGGGAGGGGGCGUGACGGCUGUCACGCCCCCUCCCAUAGACUUGCAUUGAGGGGCCGGGGCGUGACAGCACGAGCUCCUGGCGCCGGCUCCAGCGUGUGGAACAGUUUGUUCCAAACGCUGAGCAAGGAGUACCCUUUUAAGAACAUGUUAGGUUCCGGCAUUUGGACAGAGAACAUCGCCCAGUAGCCUCCAGAUACAAUAUUCCAGGUGUAGGCAACAAGCUGCAACCUUUGUGGUAUGUCCCGCUACAGGGGUAGUACCAACACAAGUGGAUGCUUUAGGGAUAAGAGCAAAGCUAACAGGCCCCCUAGCAAAAUAAGGACUAGGUUCUGGUAUCCUCUAGGCUGUCUAAAGUGAAUGUCCUCAGCUCAGUGAUGUCUCCGAGUAACUCAAGGAAAUGUAGGUGAGAGAGGGAGACUGCACAGUUUACCAAAAAAACACCUUUCUACCCCAAGUGUCUAACCUCAUCCUUCAAGAGCAGUGUAGUACAGGCCAGAACAUCCACAUGGCUCUGGGCCCAGCACAUACCACUUGAGAAUAGAGAACCAGUCUACUCAGGAGGACUACAAGUCAAAAAAUUCCCAGUGACAUAUUACCACCUAUAUCUGUCUAACAUGUCUAUCAAGUGUGAUAUUCCCAGUCUGUAUUGUACCUGCAACAUCAGUAAAGAACAAGCUGUUA